AUCAUACUUCGAAGCAGACGAACCUACAACCACAUCCUGUGUCAAUGUCACGUGCCGACGUGCGUCAUUAUUCAGUGCAUUACCCGCGGAAGAUAUUAAUACUUUCACCAACGAUGUUACAUGUGCAUUUUCUACCGCCAGGUAUUGCAGUGAGCAGAGUUGAAAUCCAAGCCACAUUGUGUCAACCGGUUGAAUUUCAUCAAUACCUUUAUUAGUGACUUACACAUAAUAUUUUGGACAUAAUUUGGAUGUUACUGUGCGUCGGUAUCCUCGUUGCUCAGAUGAGCUGCGCCUUAACGCUAUGCAUCUUCUCACACGUAAAUGCAAUGGGGGGAAGUACGAAUUUACGCCUGAAACAUUUGUACGGAAACUGGGGGGGGAGAACCUGGUUAGCAGUGUGUUGUAUAUAAAGACGGGCACAAUUCGCAAUAAUACUGGGUGGCUGGCCACGGUCACCAGAUAUAUUAGGUGGAAGCAGUCUCGCUGAAAGUGAUCUCAUGCGGUCCCGAAGUUCACUUGGACGUGCUAAUGCACUGUUGGAAUAUAUAAAUAAACAUUAUGUUUCAUUAAAUGAUGACGAUAUGAAAAAGUAUGGAGCUGAGUUCAGAACGGUUUUGGAUUGUAUCAUUCAGAAAAUGAAAGAAAAGGACAAGAAGUUUAAUGAGUGUUACCAGAGAAUAUUUUUUGCUGGUAGUUACUGGGAUGGGCUUAAAGUUGGGAAACCAACAGAAUUUGAUGUUGACAUUGUAAUAAAGCUGCCCUUCAUUCGUAAUCUGAUUCAGGUUGAGCCAUGUGAAAGUCCCGCAUUUGUUAAAGUUAAAGUGGGUACACGACAACCUAAUUUCAGGAAACAGAAAAGCCAAAAAAAGAAGCCUCCCAAACAACCACCAAAAGAACCGCUAAACCAACCCAAUUUUGGCAAAAUGCUUCUCGAGUCAUUACUUGAUUAUCGACGAUACCUGACCCAGAGUCCAUUACGCACAUGGAUGGAAAGUGUGCUGCACCAGGCUCUUGGUUGUUUCCCACAGGAAGGUGAUUCAUGGGUGUUAUACGAUGAAAAGCAGCCAGGAAGGCAGUACAUGGUUAAGGUGAAAAAAAGUGGACCUGCUCUUACCCUGAACAUUGUUUUACUUGAUGGCUUCAGAAUGGAUGUUGAUCUUGUUCCAGUGAUAGAGCUUAGGUGCAGUGAACAUCUACCUUCUCAUUUUAAGUUACAGCAAUACAGUGAUAGGCAUAACACAUUUUUUAUAGUACCAAAGCCCAACAAGCGACUUCCAAAAGCUGACGAUUGUUGGAGGUUGGCAUUUCAUGAACAAGAAAGGGCUGUGCUAGCCACAUAUGGAGCUGGGAUAAUGAAACCAGUUUGCCGUCUUCUGAAGAAAUUGAGAGACACAUUGGAUAUGCCAAUGCUUGCCAGUUAUUAUUUGAAGACCCUGGUAAUGAAGGUGAUUUCAGAGCAGGAAGACGACAGGUUUUUCCGCAACUCUUUAGUAAGCCUCUUUGUGCAUAUGCUGGUAGUACUCAAACAUCAGCUAGGAUUAGGAAGCAUUAAUUACUUUUGGGAUGAAAACUACAAUCUUCUUGAAGGAUAUCACAGGGAAGCAGUGAGGCAUUGUUAUGGAAGAAUAAAAAAUGUUGUUGAAGACAUACAGAAACAUAUUGAGAUGGAUCCAUUAGUACUUGCACGUAAUAUCUUAAAUGAUGAGGAAUUUCGGAGUCUGCCAUUAGAUAUAGUGGAGUAUGCGUGAUAGAAGAACUUACUUGUUUCCUGGAACAAAAUCUAUGGAAUUCCAUUCUGAAAUAUUGAUGUGGACAGCUUCUGAAGACUUCUAUUAUAAUUUGCCAAAAUAAGUUAGUUGCAAAACCAAGUGAAAUGUGCAUUUUAUUUAUUUAUUUAUUCCAUCAUGUUACAUAACAAUAAACAGAAUAUCUGUUGUGGCAGAUGAAAGAUGUCACUGAACCAAACGGUACGAAACUUUGCUUUUUUUACUUUAUAAAAUAUUCUGUUGUGAAUUGUAGUUUGUACAGAAAAUAGUAGUAAAGAAAAUGUUUUUCAUUUCAGGAUUUGAUGGUUUUAUAAAGAAGUUUUUUUUCUGUACUCAGAUGAAAAUUGGUACUACCCCUAAAAGUACAAAAUUAAUUUAUUAUUUAUGUUUGUAAAUGUAGAAAAAAGUCUUGUAUUUAUGAAAUUUUUCAGCUGCAGCACUCAGAGUUAAAGUAACCUCAAAGUUGUAUUGAAUUUUGAGAGAU